AUGAGCCUUCUACAGGCCUACAUCGCCCAGGCCCAGGGGACAGAUAGGACCCGAUCCGCUGCAGUACUGACCACUCUAUCCGGAUACAUCAACUUAACAAUGCAGAAUCUGACCGCAGCCCGCCGUCACCAGAGUGCCCUUUCACAACCCCUUGGCGCGCUGAAUGAAACCCAAACUCGCCUGGACCAAGCUCAGAUUGAGGCGAUCAAUGCUCUUCUGGCGCUCCUGAGCGAUCUCGUUACGCGCCCCAAUGCACCUGUCUGA